AUGUCCACGAUAAGCAUGCCUCGGCAGCCAGCUCUGCGCCAACGCGCGGCAGAGCACGCCUGGACUGCUGCGUCCAAGAGCACGGCCACGUGCGACGAGCAUGGCGCCGGUUUCGGAUCUCACUUAUGCCGCGAGUGGAGAGACGACACGGGCCAGACGUAUCACAUCAGAUGCAGGACUACAGGAGCACGACGUGUGCUGGUCGGCACGCCACAUCGCCCAGACGCAACCCAGCGUUGGACGUGCACUUUUAGGACAGAGGAUGGUUGUCCUAAGACGUUCCUUCUGACGCCUGACGAGCCUUCUGGCAAGAUGUGGUGGGGAUUCGGGAAGUCGCUCUACUGCGUGAUCGGCGAAGCGGCCCACAGCGGCCUCCUGAGAUGGUACCGGCCUGGCGCCAGGAUCGCAUCCUCCGCGUGGAGGGCGAAUCCGGUCGAAGAGAAGCGCACAGGACGCGUUCGACCAGUGCCCAUCAGCUCGUCAGUGGGCCCUCGGUCCCUCGCCAGAUCAGGCCGAACAGUGAAGCUGGAGGGUCGGCCUCAGCGUCGGCCGAAGGAGGUCAGCACGAGGCCAUGCGAUGAGCCGUGCGACGAGCCGUGCGAGAGGCUGGCUGGCAAGGCGGCCGAGAGCAGCAGCGGCGACGGCGAGAAGCGGGCGGCCGAGGACGAGGCGCUCGAAGCGGCAGCCGCGGAUGCGCCCCUGGCGAGGCGGUGGCUCGAGCGGCGAAGGCGAGCAGAAGCGGCAGCCGUGGCUGCGCCUCCCGGGCCCGCUGACACUGACUGCUCUCGGGAGCACGGCCCCGUCGAUGAGCCACGCUCUCGGGCGGAGCUGAGCGAGAAAGCGGCGGCCAAGGGCGAGGCGCUCGAAGCAGGAGAUGCGUUCUUCAGCUCCGCUGGAACUGCCUGCUCUGAGGAGCGCGGCCCCGUCGGUGCGCCAUGUUCGCGGGUGGAGCUUACCGCGGCGUUGAGGCAUUUACUCGAGCACAGGACGAGCGCCAUCAUCGAGCUUCCCGAGGGCUUCCGGCCCCAGCCUGGCCUCGCGGCGCCCCCGGGCAUGCCGCCAUUGCCCCGCGCAGGCUCCGACUCCUCGUGCACCGACGAGGCUGCUGAGCCCCCUGGGCCGGCGGGCUGGCAGGAGCCCGCACAGGCGGCGCCAGCGGGCGGCACCAGGGAGCACCUCGAGGAGGAGCGCAUCCAGGCCGCGCAGGAGCCGCGGAGCCCGCCCGCUGUCGACGCCAGGCAGCAGGGGUAUCCCAGCUUGUGCUGCGGAUCGGGCGGCAGCCGCACGGAGGAGGGCAGCCCGCUGCCAGUGGAGCCCGGGGCGCGGGGCGGAGUGAUCCGGACGAGCGGGGCCAUCCUCGAGCUUCCAGAGGGCUUUUGGCCCCCGCCUGGCCUCGCGGCGCCCCCGGGCAUGCCGCCAUGGGUUCGGCGUGGACCAGGCGCCGCCCCGGUUGACGAGACCCUCGCAGGCUCCGACUCCUCGUGCACCGACGAGGCUGCUGAGCCCCCUGGGCCGGCGGGCUGGCAGGAGCCCGCACAGGCGGCGCCAGCGGGCGGCACCAGGGAGCACCUCGAGGAGGAGCGCAUCCAGGCCGCGCAGGAGCCGCGGAGCCCGCCCGCUGUCGACGCCAGGCAGCAGGGGUAUCCCAGCUUGUGCUGCGGAUCGGGCGGCAGCCGCACGGAGGAGGGCAGCCCGCUGCCAGUGGAGCCCGGGGCGCGGGUCGGAGUGAUCCGGACGAGCGGGGCCAUCCUCGAGCUUCCAGAGGGCUUUUGGCCCCCGCCUGGCCUCGCGGCGCCCCCGGGCAUGCCGCCCGGGGCGCGGGGCGGAGUGAUCCGGACGAGCGGGGCCAUCCUCGAGCUUCCAGAGGGCUUUUGGCCCCCGCCUGGCCUCGCGGCGCCCCCGGGCAUGCCGCCAUGGGUUCGGCGUGGACCAGGCGCCGCCCCGGUUGACGAGACCCUCGCAGGCUCCGACUCCUCGUGCACCGACGAGGCUGCUGAGCCCCCUGGGCCCGCGGGCUGGCAGGAGCCCGCACAGGCGGCGCCAGCGGGCGGCAAGGCAGGGGAGCCGCAGGGGAAGGUGCAAGAGCUCACCGACGAUGCCCUUGGUGCCCUUCUGCGGCUCUGGAGCCAGAGCGAGGCAAACGGGCAGAGGGGCCUGGCGGCGACACUCAUCGCGCAGCCGUUCCAGCUCCAGGUCGAGGAUGUCGUCAUUGGCCGCAAGGCGCCGCACGAUCCAGAGCAGGCCGCCGCCGCCGAGGCGGCGCCGGGGCCCGUGGCUGCGGCGAGGGGCCGCGCGGCGCUGGCGCCGGUCCCGGGAGGAUUCAGCGCGGCAGGAGGCGGCCAGCGAGGCUCGCGCCGACCAGGCGCUGGGCGCCGGGCGGCUGCCAGCGGCACCGGCCCGCACCCAGGGCCCAUCGGCAGCCGCCCCGCCCCGCCGGUUGGCUGCCCGCGGGGGCCCUGCCGUGGAAUCCCAGGCGUCCAGAGGGGCUGUCGUUACACAUGA